AUGUUGGUCAGGGGCCAGACGGAGGUCGCCGGCUACGCGGAUGUCGAAAACGAGUUCGUGACGAACGAAACCGACGACGAAACGACGAUGUCGCUAAACGCACAAGCAUAUUGCCGGCCAUUCAUUUCACUGGAAUAUUUGCAACAUGACCGUGGGUUUCUUACCUACGCUUGCGCCAGAGCCAGCGUCCAUGCGUUUAGUCUGAACCUUAGUAUCAAACUCGUUGGUCACGGAGAUCCAUUCACUUGCAUAAUCAGGAUGAACAGUAUCGCCACCAAUGGUUGUACCGAAAAGUUCCGCUGCAGCAAUCCCUGUCAACCUCGGCACUGCAUUCGAUGUCUGAACGCCACAUUCUAUUUCAAUCCACCGCCGCGCAUCGAGGCCCGCGUUCACAUCCAACUUGGCAGCAUGUACCUACUGUACUCGAAAAAUAUGGACAUCGCCCGGAUGCACCUCGAAAAAGCGUUCGCCAUCUGCCAAAAUCAAACGUCUUUUGAAGACGCGAUCGCCGAAUGCGCCUGCCUGCUGGGGGAAACGUACAUGAAACUGGUAGGUAUUCGCUGGCUGCUGUUCUUGGGUUGUUUCGUUUAA